CGGCUCGGCGCGGCUCGGCUCGGCACGACGCGAGCACUACGAUGUGCCAUGGGCGGCCGCUCCGGCUGAGCCCCGGGCCGCAGCCCCCCGCCCCGCUGCCCCUGGGGCCGUAGGGCCGCGGCCCCGCGCCCUGCCCGACGAUGACCCAGCCGUGGCCGGCGCUCCGCGGCGUGCUCUGGGAAUACUGCGCGGCUCUCCUGCUCGGCGGCUUCUGGGGACACUGCUCGCAUGGGAUGCCGCAUGUCAUCCGGAUAGGGGGGAUCUUUGAGUACACCGAUGGCCCCAACACGCAGGUGAUGAGCGCAGAGGAGCAAGCCUUCCGAUUUUCUGCCAACAUCAUCAACAGGAACAGAACGCUGCUGCCCAACACCACGCUGACCUACGACAUCCAGAGGAUACACUUCCACGACAGCUUUGAAGCCACCAAGAAAGCCUGUGACCAGCUGGCUCUCGGCGUCGUAGCAAUAUUCGGACCGUCCCAAGGCUCGUGCACCAACGCCGUGCAAUCCAUCUGCAAUGCCCUGGAGGUGCCGCACAUCCAGCUCCGGUGGAAGCACCACCCGUUGGAUAACAAGGACACUUUCUAUGUCAACCUUUAUCCCGACUACGCUUCCCUUAGCCAUGCCAUCCUGGACCUGGUGCAGUACUUGAAAUGGAGGUCAGCCACCGUGGUUUACGAUGACAGCACAGGCCUCAUCCGGCUGCAGGAGCUCAUCAUGGCCCCAUCACGGUACAACAUCCGCCUGAAGAUCCGCCAGCUGCCGCUGGACACGGACGAUGCGCGGCCGCUGCUGAAGGAGAUGAAGCGGGGCCGGGAGUUCCGCAUCAUCUUCGACUGCAGCCACCUGAUGGCAGCCCAGAUCCUCAGGCAGGCCAUGGCAAUGGGAAUGAUGACGGAGUACUACCACUUCAUCUUCACCACGCUGGAUCUUUAUGCAUUAGAUCUAGAACCAUACCGCUACUCUGGAGUGAACCUGACUGGUUUCAGGAUCCUCAACGUGGAGAACCCCCACGUGUCCUCCAUCAUCGAGAAGUGGGCGAUGGAGCGGCUGCAGUCUGCGCCCAAAGCAGAGCUGGGGCUGCUCGACGGCGUGAUGAUGACAGACGCUGCCCUGCUGUAUGAUGCUGUGCACGUGGUGUCCGUGUGCUAUCAGCGCGCCCCGCAGAUGACGGUGAAUUCCCUGCAGUGCCACCGGCACAAAGCCUGGCGCUUCGGCGGCCGCUUCAUGAACUUCAUCAAGGAGGCCCAGUGGGAAGGGCUCACCGGCCGCAUCGUCUUCAACAAGAGCAGCGGUCUGCGCACAGAUUUUGACUUGGACAUCAUCAGCCUGAAAGAAGACGGCCUUGAGAAGGUGGGUACGUGGAACCCCUCCAAUGGUCUGAACAUCACUGAGAUCUCCAAGGGACGAGGGCCCAACGUCACGGACUCGCUGAGCAACCGAUCUCUGAUUGUCACCACUGUGCUGGAGGAACCCUUCGUUAUGUUCCGCAAAUCCGACACGGCUCUGUUUGGGAACGACCGCUUCGAGGGGUACUGCAUCGACCUGCUGAAGGAGCUGGCUGUCAUCCUGGGCUUCACCUAUGAGAUCCGCCUGGUGGAGGAUGGCAAGUACGGAGCACAGGACGACAAGGGCCAGUGGAACGGGAUGAUCAAGGAGCUCAUCGACCAUAAAGCUGACCUGGCCGUUGCUCCUCUCACCAUCACCCACGUACGGGAAAAAGCGAUAGACUUCUCCAAGCCCUUUAUGACCCUGGGGGUCAGCAUUCUGUACCGGAAGCCCAACGGGACCAACCCCAGUGUGUUUUCCUUCCUCAACCCUUUGUCUCCUGAUAUUUGGAUGUACAUUCUCCUCGCCUACCUGGGGGUCAGCUGCGUGCUCUUUGUCAUAGCCAGGUUCAGCCCAUACGAGUGGUACGAUGCACAUCCCUGCAACCCCGGCUCGGACAUCGUGGAGAACAACUUCACCCUGUUCAACAGCUUCUGGUUCGGGAUGGGCGCGCUGAUGCAGCAAGGCUCGGAGCUGAUGCCCAAGGCGCUCUCCACGCGGAUCAUUGGUGGCAUCUGGUGGUUCUUCACCCUCAUCAUCAUUUCAUCCUACACGGCCAACCUCGCCGCCUUCCUGACAGUGGAGAGGAUGGAAUCCCCCAUUGACUCAGCAGACGACCUGGCAAAGCAGACCAAAAUCGAGUAUGGGGCUGUGAAGGAUGGGGCAACCAUGACCUUCUUCAAGAAAUCCAAAAUUUCCACCUUUGAAAAAAUGUGGGCUUUCAUGAGCAGCAAACCCACGGCUCUCGUCAAGAACAACGAGGAGGGAAUCCAGCGCACCCUGACGGCCGACUACGCCCUGCUGAUGGAGUCCACCACCAUCGAGUACAUCACCCAGAGGAACUGCAACCUCACCCAGGUCGGGGGGCUCAUCGACUCCAAGGGCUACGGGAUUGGGACCCCCAUGGGCUCACCGUACCGGGACAAGAUCACCAUCGCCAUCCUGCAGCUGCAGGAGGAGGACAAGCUGCACGUCAUGAAGGAGAAGUGGUGGCGGGGGAACGGUUGCCCUGAGGAUGAGAACAAGGAGGCCAGUGCCCUGGGCAUCCAAAACAUCGGCGGCAUUUUCAUCGUGCUGGCAGCAGGCUUGGUGCUGUCGGUCUUUGUGGCCAUGGUGGAGUUCAUCUACAAGCUGCGGAAGACGGCGGAACGCGAGCAGCGCUCCUUCUGCAGCGCGGUGGCCGAUGAGAUCCGGCUGUCUCUCACCUGCCAGCGCCGGGUCAAGCACAAACCACCACCACCCGUCAUGGUGAAGGCGGAUGCUGUGAUCAACAUGCACACCUUCAACGACCGGCGGCUGCCAGGGAAGGACAGCAUGAGCUGCAACACCGGCCUGACGCCCGUGUUCCCAUAGGCAGCGGGACCUGGGGGAGGGAGGGAAGGAUGUGCGAAGGAUGCGCUCCGAAGUAGGGAAGCAAGGAUUUAAAAACAAACAAAAAAAAAAAAAAACAAGAGGGAAAAAAGGAAGAAAGAAAGAAACAAAGAAAGAAAAAACAGGAAAAAAAGCAAACAAACAAAAAAAAACCAACAAAGCUUGGUUUGGCUCAUUUCGAGAACAAGGCCUUUCAACACAGCUGCAUCCAUCACCGGCGCAGAAGCAGCAACGUCAGAGCACAGACUGCACUGUGGGUCUCGGGGCUUUUCCGUUUGGUUUUUGCUGUUUUUCAUCCCUCCUUUUUUUACAGCUUUGCUCCCUCGUGCAGCCCAACGCCCCACCGGAGUCUGAUGUUUACACACUGAGAACACGCGGAGGGCACAACUGAAUUGAGCCAAACUGAGCCCCGGCGGGCAGCGAGGAGCCCCUGAGCACAGCUCCUCCAGCAUGGCAAUAAAGGGACACGUUGUCCAUCGGGUGUGCAUGGCACACCUGGGAGAAAGGGACAGGAGAAGCCCCCCGAUGCACUGCAGCUCCUGGCACGGAGGAGGCACCACAGCAGCCAUCGGUGGAGCCGAAGCAGCCCACAACGGAGCACAGCAAGCUGGAAUGGAACUGCAGGCGGGCAGGAAGGGGUUGGCAUGGUGUGCGUGGGGACUGCGAGGAACUGCGGCCAGCCUGGGGCUGCCCCAACGCCCCACACCACACAGUCCGGUUCCCCCCCCCCCCAGCCAGGCAACAGAGCCCAUGGGCUGCAGCAGAGAUGGGAGGAGAGCUGUUUCCCAGAGGAGGACAGGACAGGUGCCGUGAAGCUGGCUGCAGCUCUGCGUUCACACCUAAGCAUCCCGGUGGGGUCCCAGCACACGGUGCCAGCUCAGCCCAGUGCCUCACCCACCCACAGCUCCAUGCAAACGCACUCAUGUGUUCUUAAGGAAUCUUCCAUGCACUGUGUUCUUCUUUUCAGGUCGCUAACCCCGAAGGCUGGUCCUGAGCACCCAUCGAGUCGGAAUUACCAAAGACCCCUCUGCUAACCGAAAGGAACGCUGAGCAGCGCCGCUCCGCUCCGUCCCUCCAUGGGAACACAACCGACUCCUCCCCAACCACUGCCAAACAAAGCAAGCAGACCCACUGUCACCCCGAGCACCACGAGCACCACGAGCACUGCAGGAAGUGCUUUAAAGCUCUGGUGUUGAAGAAAAGCGCAGCCCCCAGCCCCUGCCCGGCAUCCCACAGCACGGGGGGCUUCUUCCCACCCCCCAUCAGGAAGGUUUCCUUGGAGCUUAUCCCGAUUAACAACCUAGAUCAAGGGGAGACAGCUCCUUUCCCGCCCCUCCAAACAGAAUUUGUCUUUAUUUUGUUCUCCCCUGAUGUAAAGAAGUAACGUAGAGACCCGAAACUAAAAACGGAUUUGUCAUAGUUUGACUCCGGUAGAGAUAUGCAAAGAGUUUACAUUUAUUUCCGCCUUUUCAUAGCAACUGUGAAAAGUCAGAGCUGAAAGCUGCCACCUCAGUGCACAUCACCACGGUCGUAGUUUGCUGACUGUGCACCCACUGCUGAGGAUGCACCAUGAGCACAGCUCUGCUCCCUGAGCUGAUGGGCACCACCAGUGCUCCUCACCACCCCAGGGCUGGGCAGGGCAGCAGAGCUGAUGCUCCCCCUGCAGAUUUAUAAGCCAUCAGACGGAGAUUUUCACAACCAUGACAAAGAUAAAAACAAAGCCUGAAACCUGCUUUAAAUGUCCUGAGAGUAAACCACCCCCAAACCUGCAUUCACUCGCUUCUCUGCAGACCUCUUUUGUUACUGAGCUGAAUAUCACUACUGCCGUGAGCCCCGGUUAUUCAUCUUUGACACCAGUUCAAUUUCCUUUUACUCACAAAUGCCCCAGAGUGACAGGUGAGCACCAGCACUGCUCGUGCUGUCGGCCAGCAAGACAAACCACUGCAGCUCUGCCUUCUCCCUUCUCUCUCCAACCACACGCCAGCACUCCGCGUGUCUGCCUGGUUCAGCCAUCACAAUCCUGCUCACUGCCAGGAAGCGUCGGCUCUGCUGACAGCACUGUGCUGCUGGGCAGGGAGCUCACAGCAGAGACACCGCCGGCCCCAUGGCCCCCCCAGCCCUGCUCACUGUGCUGGGCAGCUCUGAUCUCAGCACCGCUGCUGUAUGCUGGAGCAGGCUGGGAUGCAGCUGGGAUGCAGCUGGGAUGCAGCUGGGAUUCAGAUGGGAUGCAGAUGGGAUGCAGAGGGAACGCAGCUGGGACACAGCCGGGGCUGGGCUGUGCAGUGCUGUGCAGGCAGCAGUGAGGAACCCGGCAGAUGGCAGAGGGGAGAACCCAUAAGGCGCAGAUAUGAUGACGAAGCAUCAAAGCCUUUUGCAAGCUGCCCUGUGACCUGCUCAUGGCUACCAGCGACUCACGUCUUAGGAAUCUGACUUCCAGCUUUCAAGCAGGUUCGUUCCUUGCUUGGUGGGCAGAGGGACUGAAGAAGUGAGGAGGAAACGAAGAAAACCACAUUAGGGCUACAGAAUUGUACCCACAGUGUUGCCAUCCCCCUUUGCUGUCCCUUUCUCACCUGCUUUCUCCUUCCAGGUCUCCUGUGGGACAGAGCAGGGACACAUGGGCAGCUCCCUCUGGGGCUGCUCUUCCAUUUAGGCUGAUCUGAUGAGGUAAAGACCCCAACACUACAAACCCACUGAGUCAGCACAUGGAGGGACACCGCUCAGCCCCACAGCACUGCAGUGUGGGGUGCACUGCACUGCCCACACCUUUGUCAAACAAAAAACAGACAGAAAGAAAUAAAAAGGAACAGUGAAAACAAAGAAUGACCAACUGACCACAGCAAUGGAACAGAGUGCGAGAGAAAGAAGGAAAAACAGCAAAAUAAACAAACAAACAAACUGGUCUCCUUGACAUUCAGGGGAAUUUCCUUUGUGGACAUGCAGAAUUUCUAUGAAUAUAGUUUUUUGUAAACAUUUUGUAACGAUUUUGGUUUCAUAGUAACUGUGUUACUGGCUGAUCAUUCUAGGCUGAUGUAAAUAGGAUUUCCAAAAAAAGAAAAAGAAAAAAGAAAAAAAUCCGAUUAUUUUCCUUUUUAAGACACUGUGAUAUAUCCAAGUGCACAGUUUGCUGUAUGAAGUAAUAUGGUUUUAAAUUUUAAAUAAAAAUAAUUUCUAGAAAACAA